GGUGAAGGCAUUUCGUAGGAAAUAUGAGCUGGGGACUUCAUGCUCUGCCGAGCAAAGGGGUCAGCCCCAGGAUACAGACUUGGCUCUGUAUAUGCAGUACUUUCCCCUGCCCUCUUAAUUCCUCUGGAAGAACAGAAUGAUGAGGAAUAGUCCCCGGCAGACAAUUCGGGUUCCGAACCACGUUCGAGAAGCGGAACAAAGUACAGUGGCUCCGCCUUACUUUUGGGACCCACUUAAAAUUUCCUGCUUCCUGUUUUCUCAUCUGCUUGGCCUGCGGGGCGAGACCGUCUCUUCCAGCGCGUAGCUGGGGCAACUGUUGCUUUAGGCAAUUACAAACUGUGCUGUUUCUGCGUCUCCCCUGUGGCUUACCUCCGUGGCCGAUGCCAGAGCGCUGGAUGCCCAGGCCUUACGCCCUAGAACCAUUCUUAAAAACAAAGAAUAAAAAAGAGAAGGAAAAAAACCAGUUCAGCAAAAUUAACCAACACAACAACUACAGAAACCUUCCUGUUGGAAAGAAAUCUACAAGACCAAAAGAUGCAACUAAAGAUGACCUUGAAAGCAGCUUGUUUUUUUGAAAAGAGCUAAGUCCAUAUAACCCAAGUACAGCAGUGCCUUGGAAUGACAGUGUGUAAGACAUCGGCUCAAGUCAUUUAUCAGAUUGAAGAGGAAUUAGAUGAAGAUGAAAAGGAGGUGAUUCUCUUCCUGUGCCGUGAUCUUGCCCCUGACUUAGUUACAAAGUUGGACCUACGGGAUCUUCUGUGCACCUUGAAUGAGAAGGGGAAGCUGUCUCCUGCUGGUUUGGCGGAAUUGUUAUACAGAGUAAGGAGGUUUGACCUGCUAAAGAGGAUAAUGAAAACAGACAGAGCCUCGGUGGAAGCCAGCCUGGUUGAAUGCCCACAACUGGUUUCUGACUAUAGGGUGCUGAUGACGCAACUUAGUGAAGAUAUGGACAAAUCAGAAGUGACUUCCUUCAGUUUUCUCCUAAGAGAUUACAUAGGAGGAGGGAAGACAUACAAAAACAAGAGUUUCUUAGAUGUUGUUAUCGACCUGGAGAAGAUAAACUUGAUCGCUCCGGACAAGUUAGAUUUACUGGAAAAAUGUCUGAAGAACAUUCACAGGAUAGACCUGAAGAAAAAAAUUCAGAAAUAUAAGCAGUCAGCUCUGGGAGCAACCUAUGUGAAUGGAAUCCAGGCUUCCCUGCCAAGUGUAGGCAUAAUGAAUUCUGCUUAUGAAUUGGGGUUCAAGAAUGGGAUGAAUAAGGAAGAAAGACCAAUCUUUGGACUGAACGGGAUUUCAAAAUCAGUUAAAACAUCCAUUCAGGAAUCUGAAAAAUCUUCACCUCAGGUGGCUAGUGACAUAUACAGGCUACAGAGUCAACCACUGGGAAUCUGUUUAAUAAUUGAUUGUAUUGGCAAUGAUGCAGAUCCACUAAAAGACACAUUUAUUUCCCUGGGGUUUGAAGUUCAGUAUUCCAAACACCUGAGCACAGAAGAAAUCCAGCAGACUCUUUAUCAAGUUGCCUGCCUUACUAAACAUCAAAAUUAUGACAUCUUUGUGUGUAUUCUGAUCUGCCGUGGUGACUCUGAGAACAUUUUUGGAAUAAACCAGCCUUGCUUGGGAUUGCCUCUGCAUCAAAUAAGGAAGUUUUUCACAGGGGAUGCUUGCCCUUUGCUCUUGGGGAAACCAAAGCUCUUUUUUAUUCAGAACUAUGUGGUACCAGAAGACCACAAGGAGCCAAACAGUCUCUUAGAGGUGGAUGGCAGGGUUGCCAAAGUAUCUUAUAAUGGAUGGGAAUCCAGGAACUUCACUAUUCAUCAAGAAGCCGACGUCUUUUGGAGUUUGUGCAAGGUGAAUGUUUCUGUGCUGGCGAGGUCUCCCACUUCACCAUCCUUCUACCUGCAUGGGCUGUCAAAUCUCCUACGGGAGAAGAGAGGAUGCUCGCUCUUGACUCUCCACACUGAUCUCAACAACAAAAUCUAUGACCGGAACAGCAGAGUGGCUCCUGAAGAGCAGUCUUCUAUCAUGUUAGAGCAUACUCUGAGGAAGAAAAUUGUUCUUUCCUAUAGAUGAAAGGGGAAAAAAAAGAGAGCCAAGCCUUACUACCAAUAAAAAAAAAUAAAGAAAAAAAGAGAGGAGGAGGAGAAAAAAAAUCAGUAAAACCAAUUAGUACAUUGAAAAAAAAAUCAGAAAAUAUGGGCAAUGUUACACACCCACGGACCCCUCAGCUCUGCAAAGGAGUUGGGUGAAGGUAUUUUCUCAUGUAUCUUUUUGGGGAACACAUUACAGGUUUUUAAUGACAAAUCCAUGUUGUUAUUUAUUGUGUUUGUAAUAUAUAUCUGUGUCCAUUUUAAAGCAUCAUAAGAGAUGGUUAGGUUCCAAGAUUUUGGAACAAGAGAUCAAUCACUCUUUUCCACCAAAUAAGUUUAAUCCACAUUAUUAACUGUUUAUCCUUCAUUUAAAUCUAGACAAUCAACAAAACAUUUGUAUCAAUUCUUCAUAUAAUAUUGUAUGUCAGACCUUUAUCAGAAAUAAUUACAACAAUAAUUGUGCUGCAUGAAUUUUCCCCCCAAUA